CAACCAUCGAGUCUGAGAAAUUUACAUUGGCCGAUCACGCAGAGUGGGGGUCAGUCGUAUGGCCACCUAAAGGUACCAGGACUUCCAAACUAAAUGAUUUAGUGGCAAGAAUGAGGGCGGAAGAUGUGUACGUAUGAUGUAUCUUGCCAAGUGGUAAUUUUAGACAGGUGAUGUUGGAAGGCUGUAUUAGUGAAUAUUGACAGUCACCCGCGAAUAGAUGUCUCAGAUAUAGAAAGCAAACGAUGUAACAUACUAGGUAACACACUAGGUAGGUAACAUACUGACCUUAAUCACUCCCAGCACUUUCUAUGAAGUUGAUAAUCUCCCUUCAUCACCUUAUUUCCUCUGUAGAAUAUGUCAUUUUGCCUUUUUUUACUGGUUGGUUACACGAAUCCAACCUGGGCCAACCUACCUCAUCUCUGCCCACAUUACUCCAUGUUACCUUGCCUGUCUUAAGGUGAGGUACCUACCCGGAUGGUUGAAAGAAUUUGUUUGAAACAUCUUAUUGAAACUCAUUCAAAUCGAUGGAAACAGAUUCAACUCGUCCAAGAUGACACAUUCCUCACCUGCAAACCAUAAGUCUUCCUUAUAUGACUGGACUAGGGGCACUAUAUCAUCAUGGAUGUCGCCGGAGCCUCACAAGAUUCCUCCUAGUGUGACCCGAGAUAGUACCACAGUCAUGUCUUCCAACUUCUCCCAGAUGGUGCAGGUAAUCGCCAGAGCUCUCAGUCCUCUUCCGAAAUACCAGUUUAAUCCCAAGAACGAUGAUAUUUCCAAAGAGACGGGUAUUCUCGAAGACCUACAGCACUUGAAUAUCAAAGAUAUAAUAACGCUGAAGGAUGUUUUGGAUUCCACCAUCACCGGGGAAGAGGAUGACGACACCCUCUUGCAAGAACGUCUUGUCACUCUACUAGCCAAACUUCCACCUCAUUCCCGAGAAGGUAAACAGGCCACCGACGCAUUCAUCAACACGCUAUGGGACUCUCUUGAACAUCCACCAGCUCAGAUCAGGAGCAAAGAAGCUCGUUAUCGCGAAGCGGAUGGCUCAUCUAACAACGUCGAUGUACCUGCCAUGGGGGCUGCUAACACGCGCUACGCAAGGACUACGCCUGCCAAAUACUUCCAGGAUCCAAACUUACCGGAUCCCGGACUUCUCUUCGACAGCCUUAUGAACAGGGGCAAUGGAGAGUCGUUCCGGGAACACCCUAACAAGAUAUCCAGCAUGUUGUUCUAUCUCGCUACAAUCAUUACCCAUGAUAUAUUCCAGACAGAUUCACGAGACCAAGAAAUCAACUUGACGUCCUCCUAUCUUGACCUCUCGCCUUUGUAUGGCCGAAAUGCAGAAGAGCAGAAGGCCAUGAGAACUCUCAAAGACGGGCUCCUCAAGCCAGACUGUUUCUCAUCUACCAAUCCCUAUGGGUUUCCUCCAGGGAUAGGAGUAUUCCUGAUCAUGUUCAAUCGAUUUCACAACUAUGUUGUCACUCAACUUGCAUCGAUCAACGAAGGAGGCCGUUUCACCAAGCCAGCCUCUAUUGAUGAUGGUAAAAACUCGGAUGCUUGGAAGAAAUACGACAAUGAUCUUUUUCAGACCGGACGACUCAUCACGUGUGGGCUUUACGUCAACAUCAUCCUAAAAGACUACGUUCGAACAAUCUUGAAUUUGAACCGGACGAAUUCAACUUGGGAUCUUGACCCUCGGUCACAGGAGAAGAAAAAUAUCUUUAACGGUAAACCAGCUCCGGAGGCUACUGGCAACCAAGUUUCUGUCGAGUUUAACCUCGUCUAUCGAUGGCAUAGUGCCUUGUCAAAGAGAGAUGAGAAAUGGAUAACCGACGAAUUCCGUACUCAGCUUAAUGUCACCGACCCAGCAAAGGCAAGCUUCGAAGAGGUAUUGAAGGCUUUGGUAGACUUUCGGGGCAGAAUCCCAGAUGAUCCACUCAAGCGAAAUUUUGCCAACCUGCAGCGAGGCAGCGAUGGCACAUACUCUGAUGAUGAUCUGGUCGAAAUCUUGUCCUCUUCCAUUGAGGAUGUUUCAGGCGCGUUUGGCGCCAACCAGAUUCCCAGCGCUUUGCGAGUGAUUGAGAUACUCGGGAUCAAGCAGGCAAGAGCCUGGCACGUAGCUACGCUGAAUGAAUUCCGGCAGCAUUUUGGUCUGAAAAAACACGCGACGUUCGAAGCAAUCAACCCAGACCCGGCUGUUGCUAGUAAAUUGAUGUCGUUAUAUGACUCGCCCGAUUCCGUUGAAUUAUACCCGGGCCUCAUUGCUGAGAAACCUAAGCCGCCGAUGGAUGGUAGUGGUCUGUGUAUAAACGUCACGACAAGUCGAGUAAUUCUCUCCGAUGCCGUGGCACUUGUCCGUGGAGAUCGGUUCUAUACUACCGACUAUACACCUUCAAACUUGACGAACUGGGGAUUUAAUGAGGUCGACGUCGAUCUAAAGGUGGACCAAGGACAGGUUAUGCAUAAGUUGAUACUUCGUGCAUUCCCAUUCCACUUUGAAGAUAACAGCAUUCAAGCACAUUUUCCCUUUGUGGUACCUUCGGAGAAUAAGGCCAUACAUGACAAGCUUGGGACGUCUGGGCUAUAUUCUUGGGAAAAACCGACAAGGAAGUUGGACCCCGUAGUGAUUGAAUCUCAUAAGACUGCCACUCAAGUCUUGGAUAAGAAAGAUUUCUACGUCCCAUGGAACGAGAGUAUCUCUUCUAUUGUACGUCUACCAGGUAAAACGUUUACAAAGGUCUUCCGCCUGUCAGGUGACGAUGACUGGAGCCGCGGCCACGUAUACGAGUAUAUUUUCCAGCCAAGGGGUUGGGAAGCAGAGAUCGAGUACUUCCUUGAUCGGACGACCAAAAGUCUACUUAAGAAGGUUGGCCAGGAAUUGUCACCGAGCCCACUAAAAGCUGGUAGUACGCAUCCGGAAUUCGAGGUUGAUAUGGUUAGGGAUAUCAUCAUCCCACUCACCACGCGUUUCAUUGCCGAGUUCUUCGCUCUUCCAAUAAAGACCGCUGAGACAUCGCCCCACGGUAUCUAUGAUGAGCAUGAGCUUCACGAGCUGCUUACAGCCAUGUUUUCGGCCGCCUUCUUCCACAGCGACCCUGCCAAUGCCUUUAAGCUGAGGAACCAGUCCCGCGAAUUUGUUCUAGGCUUAGAGAAGCUUUUUCGGCACGGGGCCAAAGUGGAUGCGAAGAAUGGUUGGAUUGGUAGUAUUACCUCUCACAUAGGCUUCGUGACUGGAAGACACGGUAGACACCAUACUGCAGACGAGCAAGAUUGGCCUAGGCUGCCACAUUAUGGCCGACAACUGCUCUCUCGAAUGAUGCAAAAGGGAAAAACAAUCGAGGACUGCGUUGUUGGGACAGUUAUGCCUAUCAGCGCGGCUGGAGCGACGAUAAUAUCGAGUCUGCUAUCACAGUGUCUAGACUACUUCCUAGGGGCUGGGAGUGAGCAUCUACCUAGGCUAUGUCGUCUGGCCCACGAGAACACGACUGAUGCCGACAACAAGCUAUUACAUUACAUGCUAGAAGGAAUCCGCCUACAUAGUACCGUCGUCCUAACCCGAACUGUGUCCCCCACCAGCGCCCCCCAAAAGAUCACCGACGACAUCCCCAGCCAGCCCAACCAGAGCGGUCCAAUAAGCGCAAACAACAUCCCGAACCCAGGUUCCUCACGCGCCGCCUCCACCCGCGCCUACACCCUCACCCCGAACCAACGCGUCAUAGUCGACAUGACAACCGCCUCCCACGACAGCCACGCCUUUCCAUCCCCCGAAUCCCUACGCCUCGACCGUCCCCUCUCCUCUUACCUCCCCUGGGGCACGGGUCCUCUCGGCGAGGGCAUAACCCGCGUCGCGCUACUAUCCGCUUUCAAGGUACUCCUCAGCCUACCGAACCUGCACCGGGCACCGGGACCCCGGGGCGAGAUCAAGAGCGUAGAGUAUAAAGAGUGGCGCGGACAGGUCGGUCGGAAGGCCGGGGACGGAGGGAAGGGUCUGCGAAAGUAUAUGACACUUGAUCAGAGCACGUUUGUUCCUGUGCCUGCUAGUAUGAGGGUUCGGUGGGGUGGGACAGGCGCUGAUGGGAGGGACUAGAUAAUUACCUAUAUUGAGAGGGAAGGGGGCGUGAGGAUAGUAGAGGUGUAAGAUACAUACGAAGGCUCUCUAAAUGAAAACAGAUAUUUGUAAGGUACCAACCUUGAAACUUAAGGGAAAUAUAAUCAGAGGUCCGUGGAAAUGGUAGGAGGGUUACCUAAUAGGCUGGUUGUACUGGGAGGCAUAUUGUUUCUGGGCUAUAGUUACCUACCUGCCUAAUAUACACUCAUUUAUACUCCUAC